AUGAAUAACACCGAUGUGGAGAUUUUGCUGCUCUGCUUCCCACACCAGCCUGACUCCUGCCUCAAAACGACACGUUUCUUUGUCAUCAGAGUGAUCAUGUACUUCUUAACACUAACUGCUAUUGUUAUGACUGUUUUUGGGAAUCUGUUGGUCAUUAUCACUAUUUCUUAUUUUAAACAGCUGCAUUCUCCAACUAACUUCAUCAUCCUAUCCUUGGCCUUCGUGGACUUCAUGUUGGGCUGCCUGGUCAUGCCUUUCAGUAUGGUGCGAUGGGUGGAAGGCUGUUGGUUCUUAGGAGAUCUGUUUUGUCAAAUCCAUUCCAGUUUAGACAUGACACUAAGUAUUUCCUCCAUCCUGCACCUGUGUUUGGUUUCUAUUGACAGGUACAUGGCCAUUACCGACCCUCUGGGUUAUAAAUUGAAGGUGACAAAUGGAAACACAGCCGUGUGUAUCGCUGUCGUUUGGAUUUUUUCUGGCGUGUUCAGCUUUGGAAUUGUCUUUUCCAAAAUUAACAUUGCUGGUCUGGAUGAACAAAUGCUGAACACCUGUGUUGGAAACUGCGUUUUGAUUUUUAACAAGGAAUGGGGUAUUAUCGCUCCACUUCUUAACUUUUAUAUUCCAGGAGCUAUAAUGACCUGUUUGUACCUUAAAAUUUUUCACGUUGCAAGAAAACAUGCAAGAUUAAUUUCUGAUAGAACUGCUGGGCUUACAUCUGGUGAGACAAAAAAACAAGUAUCGGAUCAGAGGGAGAGAAAAGCAGCUAAAACUCUGGGUAUUGUUAUGGGUGUUUUCCUUUUGUGUUGGCUGCCUUUUUUUCUCACCACUGUUAUUGAUCCAUUUCUCAACUUUUCAACCCCUCUUGAUGUUUUUGAUGCACUAAUCUGGUUUGGUUACUUUAAUUCCAUGUUUAACCCUCUGAUCUAUGGGUUUUUCUAUCCACGUUUUCAGAAGGCAUUUAAGAUUAUCAUUGUAAGAUACCUUUUUCACCUGAAAAGCUCAAGCAACUUAGUGCUUCAGUAAUUCUACUGGGCAGAAAUUGUUACUGGUAUAAAAUGAAAUUUUUGAUAACCAUAACCUGGAUAAUGUUUCUGUAUUGCUCUUUAUAAUCAUAAAUCAUUUUGAAUUUCAGGGACAUGCGAUAUACAAAUAAUUUGUUGUAUAUAGUGUCAGGUGCAGGUUUAAAGCAUUUACAGGAAACACUGUAAAUAGUAUUCAAGUAGAGGAAGUGAAAGUAAAAAAGCAGAAAUGGCACUGUUAGAAUAGAUCCUUUAGAGAUUAGAGUGCUGAAAAGUGAAGUAAAUGUGUGUAGUGUGUUAUUUUAUUUUAGUUUAUUUUUAAAGUAUGAUUGUGCCAUGGACACAAAUGCAAAAGGGAACCAUGUGCGAUAUAUUGGUAUUAUAACAUACAGUGAAGAAAAAUCAGCAACAGUUCAUGCUCUUUUAACAUCACUGUUGUAAUUUUUAUAUUAUAUCCAGACAAAUAUGUUUUUGGGUGAAAAUCAGAAAUAAAACAGUAUUUCAGCAUGAUCUAAAUUAACUGCUAAUCUGCAGGUUUGAUAGAAAAAAUAUAUAUACUAUUUUAGCAGG